CCGAUCCAAACGGACACAGCCGGCGCUGCUGCUGCCCAGCAACGCUUGCCUGUGCGUUCUAAUUCUAUUCUUCGACUGAUGAACUUAACGACAAGAUAGAGGCAAUGGAUACCUGCGUGAUCCAAGUAACAAAUGUUGCCCCUACAGCCACCGUGGAGCAGAUGUCCACGCUGUUCGGCUUUUUGGGCAAAAUCCUGGAGUUGAAGAUGUACCCAGCGGACGAAUUCUUGGUGCACCCUGUGGCCAAGGUAUGCUACAUUCGCUUCGAAGAAUCCUGGAGCGUCGGCGUAGCGCAGCACCUCACGAACACAGUGUUUGUCGACCGUGCUCUUAUUGUUGUGCCGGUGGCAGACGGAAAACUUCCCGACGAGAGCAAGGCGUUGGCACUCACAGCCUCAGCGACGCCGCCCGUCGAGGAGCCCGCGCCUAUCGUCACUGGUUUGGUCAACCAGCUUGCCAUGGGAGCUGGUGGUAUUCAAGUGAUCACAACUCAAGAUCCCACGCUGGCCGCGUUGGGCUUGCCGCCGUAUCCACCGCUACCGGCUACGAUGGACCCCGCUAAAGUGGAAGAGAUCCGGCGCACCGUCUACGUCGGCAACUUGGACUCAUCAGCCACUACGGAACAACUGCUCAAGUUCUUCAGUCAGAUGGGUGAAGUGAAAUACGUGCGCAUGGCUGGCGGCGAAAGUCAGCCGACACGGUUCGCCUUCGUAGAGUUCACUGAACAAAGCAGCGUGGGCCGUGCGCUGCAGUUCAACGGCAUCGAGUUUUGUGGUCGUUCGCUUAAGAUAAACCACUCAAACAACGCCAUCGUCAAACCGCAGGCGAAAAGCUCCGAGGCGGCGCACAAAGAGAUUGAAGAGGCUAUGCGACGCGUGCGCGAAGCGCAGUCGCUCAUUACGGCUGCCAUUGAGCCGGAGAUGGUGAAGCAGCCGACGGCUGGCUCGCCAUUACAACUUGGUACGGUGGCGACCAGUACCAAACGCAGGAGCCGUUCGAAGAGCCGCUCGAGACGCCGCAGCAGCCGCUCCAGGAGUCACAGUAGCCGACGCAGGAGUCGGUCUAGCAGUCGUAGACGCUCGAUCAGUCGACACCGGCGGUCUCACAGGCGGUCGAGAAGCAGGCACCGCUCGCCCAGACGCAGGCGGCGCUCCUCGAGCAGCCGGCGUUCGUCCCACUCCAGACGCCACUCGAGGUCCCGGUCACCCAGCAGCAGAAAGCUGAGACUCAAGGAUCUCGACAGGCGUCGCGGCGAUUCCCCCCGGGAGAGGCGCCGCCGCAAGCGGUCGCACACGCCUCGCAAAUCCAGGCGGGGCUCGUCGCCGCUGACGCCACCACGCCGUAGCGGCAAGAAGCGGCACAAGUCGCGCAGCCCAAAGCGAUCUAAGAGUCGCAGAUCUCCAAAAGAGGAUACAAAGGCCCCCGUUGCGAGGGAUUACGACGAAGAAGAGAAAGGCUAUGAGCCAGCACGUGACAUGAGCCCAGCCAGUUCUCCCCCGUCGGGGGACAUGGAUCUCGCCAGCGAUUGAACCAAUAAAGGGCACUCAUUUUAUUUCCA